AUGAAAGAGUGCUUUGGUCUAUACCACUCGGCCUUGCUGCCCCGCGUUGAAGACGUCAGACUUCUCCACACGGCAAUCGAGAACCCGAACUGCCAUUUUCAGAACCUAGAUAUACGAAAUACGAACUACAUCGCAACCAUACAUACAGUUUCUGCUACAAACUUCGAAGUACAUGUAUACAGAAGCACUGAAUCUACGAAUGCUUGUCCAACACUCAAGGGCAACCCGGCCUGCCUUGUGACCACAUCAGGCCAUACCUACAGCGUCUUCGCGCAUCGGAAGGCUAUCAAUUGUCCCCCAUUCCGGGCUAGCAAGGGGUUGGGCCAAUUGAAAACUCGGCUUCACUGCAAAUCAAGGAUUACGGCGAAUAGCUACUUGUUGUUCAGCGGUCCGAGCCUACUCUCUUUCACUCCGAUAUGUACAGCGGCAGCAGAACAACAUUUCGAAGGCGUGAUCGAAGGCUUCUCGAAGCUACAUGGCUACAACCAUGCUAUGCUGUUGUAUACAGUAGAACCACAUGAGGUAUCGCGCCGCCACGGCGGCUAG